UGUUAUGUGGCAUAUUGCUUCUCUUUAAGAACUCAAAUCUUACGCUCAUGGCUACAUCUUCUUCAUGGUUCUCUUCCGACGCUCUACGUCUUCUGGAGGCCCGCAACAGGCGUGAAGUGACUGCCUUCAGCGACCUGAUCGCAUCUCACCAGCAGCUUCUGUUCCGCUCUGCGUUAGGUGCGAGCUCUUCGUCUCUAAGUGCGUCUCAGCGUCUUACAACCCCUCAGGAACAGGACGAUGCAACUGCGCAGCGAUACUUGGCAGCUAUUCAGAAACUUGAGCACGAACUGGCGGACAGAAACGCACAGCUAGCAAAGUAUGCAGGUCAGCAACUAGCGCUAGUGAGCGAGAGCAAGACGCUGCUGCAGGAGCGCGAGCAGUGGGAGCAGCAGUUGCUACUAGUGACGAAGCGUCUGGACGAGGAGAUGGUGCUAAGUCACGAGAAAGAUAAGGCGCUCAAGGAACUGGAUGACGCGCUGCUAUUGGCCAGAGAGGAGCUGGCCAGACAGAGACGGCUAUUGGAGAACAGUGAAGCGGAGGGGAACAAACUCAGGAAGAGGAACGCCGAACUAGAGACGCAGGUGCAGGAGAAGAAUGCACUGCUACAUGAAUGGAUACAAUCCAAUAGUGGGGAGAAGGACGGGGAGCCGUCUCCUGCACUUGUGGCAAUGUCUACACAGGAGGCAGCUGAGAGUAUGAGUCAUUUAUUAUUAAAUGACGAGGAAGGACUGGGCGGAGAUGGCGAAGCGAAACUGGUGACUCAUGUGACUCACUCGAUACGAGCUCAUGCUACUGAGGUGAACUCGGUGUGCUUUAACACGUCGGGCAAGAUUUUGUUUAGUGGCAGUAGUGAUGGAACGGUGAGAGCGUGGGAAGCAGAGGCAGAGUCCUUGUCACCCCCGAGAGCUCUUGGAGAGUAUAGAGGAGUGGGUACAGCUCAUCCAUUGCUGUGUGUGCGAGCGUCGGAGGAUGGAUCGCUGGUCUUGGGCACUGGGUGUGAUCGCAAGUGCUUCGUAUGGAGAGUAGGCACUGGACGAGUGAUGCAGACGCUCACAGGACACAAAGGCAAAGUGUUGGCGGCCGAAUUCUCCCCUGUCAUGCCGCAUGAAGUGAUCACAGGCUCGUCAGAUCGCAGUCUGCGUGUUUGGGACGUCAUGCGUGGUGUUCGUCUUCAAACUGUGAGCUGCGUAUCAAGCUGCAAUGACAUUGCAGCGCCUUCUGGAACAGAUUCGGGCUUCGUACAGUUCGCGAGCGCACAUCAGGACGGCGCUGUUCGUUUCUGGGACACCAGAACUAGACGUUGUGUACAGGAACUACGCGGUCUACAUACAGAGCAGACGACUUCUGUGAGUUUCGGAGGCAACGAGUUACUCACCAACUCACGUGACCAUACUCUUAAAGUCAUUGAUCCUCGGACGUACGGGACUCUCCGAGAGCUGCACCAUAAAGAUUAUCAAUGUGGCUUUGACUGGGGUCAGGCUUCUCUCAGUCCGGACGGUAGAUACGCACUUGCAGGCGGGGCGUCCGGUGUUCUCUUCAUCUGGAAUGCACGAACUGGGAAGCUCGAGAAGCAGCUGAAGCCUGGUCCUACAGGUCAUCACGGCGCUGUCGCUUGCUGUGUGUGGCGUCCUGAUGGUCAGGGCGUCGCCUCCUGCGACAAGAACGGCGUGGUGGUGCUCUGGGAAUAAAAAACAACAAGACUCCCGCUGUGUAUUGUGCAAUUAUUGGCGGUCUCUAGUCCUUGAGGUCGAAGGAUGUGCCGCAGCCGCAGCCACUGACUGCGUUGGGGUUGUUAACAACAGCAAAGGCGCUGCGGAUCAACUCCUGCUCGUAAUCCAAGGUGCUGCCUCGGAUAAGCUCGAGAGAUUCUUUGUCCACGACCACUUUACCUCCGUGCUGCUCGAAGACCACGUCCUCCUCUGCGUCGGGCGUCGCGUCCUUCUCGAACUCGAUCACGUACUGGAAACCAGAGCAGCCGCCGCCUUCCACAGCCACGCGGAGCAUCAAAUUCUCCGUCUUCUGUCGCUCAGCCGCUUCGAUUAGUUUCUAAUAAAAAAAUAAAUAUUCGUAAUCAAAUAAGAAAAAUGUUAGUGAAA